GCUGAAUCGAUCUCGAUGUAUCUACUGCUGACGAGCUACUUCGUCUAGAAUCGAGUCUUCGACGAGUCUCUCUUGCUACGGCUAACAGACCUGUCGCUGCUUCUCUUUUCGGAGAACUACACAGGUGUCUCAAAUUGGUGUCAAUCUUCAAAAGCGUGGUGUUUGGACAAGUAGUAAUAGGUCCUCCUGGAUCGGGCAAGACCACUUACUGCAAUGGCAUGUCUCAGUGUCAGUGCAUCUCUCUAAUGGGCAGGAGAUCCUGCAAAUGAUGCAUUACCGUAUCCAUUUUUAAGCCAACUCUUACAAAAUGGUAAAAAGAAAUCAGUUGCGUAUGAAGAAGAACAGUGCUAUCUAUCUAGAUUCUAGAGAUGUUUUCACUUCUUGUCUAAUGUCUACUUACUAUUUAUUACGUGGGGUUUUCUUGCAGGAACUUGCGGCUACUUGUGCCACUGCGGUUAAGUCAACUACUUACUAUCUUGGAUCCUUGCCCUCCAAAACUGCUCUGCUAAAACGUUGCUAUACAUGGAAGACCAUGAAUGAAUCUAGAGGAGAGAAGCUCAGCAACGGUCAACAGAGCAUAACAAAUGCGUAUGGCUUCAGUGACGAUCCCGGGCCAUUUCUUAGAUUUCUGAGAGAGACAGAGUGGCUGAAUGAGAAUGAUCAUAGACAUUGUUUCUCUCUUGGUAUCAAGAGAGGAGAUGGUGAAAGUAAUCUGAAUGUUGAUUUGCGCAGAAAGAGACUUCAUGAACCUGAUGGUGUGCAUGAAGCACAGACCCUCUCACUGACCUAUCAAGACUCUAGCGGCCAACUCCAUGUACCGACCGAAACAGGGGAAGCUCUGUUGAGAAAGCUGGAGACCACAAUCUCGGACAUAGUUUCAGGUUGUUUUUGCAAUGUAGGACAAGUGUUUGUUGACAGCUGUAGAAGUGAGCUAAGAGGACCUCCUCCUCAUCCUCCUGCAAAUAUGAACAACUCAAGAUGCGAGUAA